UUAAAGACGAGAGAGGAAGACAGACGUUGGGGCUUCAGUCGUCUCCGUCCAUCGCCACUGACUGAAAACCAGUUUUGAAGAAAAGAAAAAGGUGUCUUUGGGGAAACCAGUUCGGGAUGGAGCUCCAGACGUGGAUAUCUGGCCUGCUGGUCCUCGCCUCUGUGUUUCCCCCGGCAGUUCUUCAGAACCAAAGCGAAGGCAACAGACGAGAGCAUCUACAGCGAUCUGCACAACCAGAACCGAGACAAUCCUUACGACCUCCUGAGAGGAGAUCCUGAGAGAGGAAGAAACCGCAGACCGGUGGACGACAACUCCACCUAUACGGGUUUGACCAAAAAGCCGGGAGAGGGAGAAUAUAAGGAGCUGCCUAUUAAAAGAGAGCGUCACAGAAAGAACGAACAGGUGUACCAGGGUCUGAGCUCGGCCACCAAAGACACCUACGACUCCCUUCAGAUGAAGCCGCUCACCACGCGCUAACGGUGUCCGGACGUCGUGAUCCCGGAGGAUUCUUUCCCGCUUCCUGUCAGCCUCAACAGAAAAACACAAACAUCUGUUUAAGACCAAUAGUUUGGAUUUUAUAACAAGAAUGGUUUCAGUUCUUUUUAUUUAGUAGAUUCAAAAGUUCUUGGAGAGAAAUUAGUAUUUUUGUUUAAUCGGCUAUAACAUCUAUAAUAUUAAUUGUGGUGUUUUAAAGGCUAAUUAAUGGAUUGUGAUUAAUUAUGCUGUCAUUUCUAUCCACAUACGCCCCAAAUUUAUUUCCAAUUGCUACAAAGACGACUCUUAAAAACACAUCCUGAUGACUCUGAAACCGUCCGGAGGCUCUCCGAACUCCUCCAGCGGUUGCUAAGUUACAUCCGAAGCAGACGACUCGAUCCAGUAUUUAUCUUUCAAAGCAGCAACGGAAACGAUGUUGCAGCGAUGAACCUCGUAACGCCGCCCGAGUAUCGGCCGGGAGUGGGCUGCACAGGUACCUAAUGAUACCAGAUCCAGGAUCACAGAUGAUCAUUAACAGCAGAGAACAUCCUGAGAACUGUGUCCUGCAUGUUUAAAGCGUUUAUGUUAAAUAACAAAAGAUGUUUUUUUAUGUUUUAUGGAUCCAUUUGUUUUUUGUCACGUUAACGUAUCCAGUGCCUGAAAUGAGCUUGGGAAGUCGGGACAUAAUUGCCUAAAAACUUAAAUGUUCUGAUGCCCCAAACCCCCCCGCAGUUGAGCCUCAGUAUGUCUACCAGCCUGCGUUCAGCACUGCCGGUGAGGUUUCUUCUAAACACCUAAAAAGAAAAAGCCUGAAAAUCUUAAUUAAUUAAAAAAGGCCAAAAGAAUUAGAGUUUGACUUUAAAAAACGCACCGGAAAUCAGUUUUAGUAACAGUAGAACGUUUGUGUGUUUGUUACUUGCAUUGAGUUGCGAUCGAUGUUUUAGUUCUUAAAUUUCUCAUUAAGUUUUAUUAAAAUAUGGAGACACUUAAAGCUGCAUUAGUGUGGAGCCCCAGAGAGUUCGGGGUUAAAAUAAUAAAUAAACAAUGAUAUUAAUAAAUACAGACAAAAUAUGUAAAAUAAUCAUUAAAUUGUGAAAGAAUCCAGUAAUGUUUGAAACAUGCUUCAUUAUUCUGAAAAUAUUUCUCCAUCCUGCUUCUUCUUUUCACAAUAAAAUAAUUUUAUGGCUCAUUUUUAUUUAAAUAUAUAAAAAAACACAUUGUUAAAUCACAUAUUUGAUCUUUAUUUAUGUAUUCAAUAUUGGACUCUUUGGGCUUCCAUACAUUAGACAGUAAAAAAGGUUUUGGCAGCUUUAUUUUGGGGGUUUUUGUUCCUUUAAUGGAGCCUAACAUUGACAGGCUGGAAUCGAACUCGGGCCACUGCGGGACGGAUUCAGACAGCAGGACUUUAAACCUUUAAGAAUUUAUUGUAGAAUUUAAAAAACAUAUAGUGCAGCUUUAAGUUUCCUUUUUAAGUACAGUUUUACUUUAUUUAGCUUUGUUUUGAUGAUUUUCUUUAUGACCUGUAAUAACUGAGGUUUGUGUUUUAUAUCCAUUUGUUUUAUCCUUCUGAUAUUUUCCUGAGAAUUAAUGAAACUAAACAUUUAUUGUGAUGUUUCCGUAUAAAUAUCUUUGCUCUGUAAAAGCUAUUUACUUCUGGUAUUAAAAUGUAUCAUAAAAAUCCUGAUAAAUAAAGACAAAUUAAAGCAA